UGUCUGUGGUGCUGAAGCUGCUCUCGCCGGCGGAAAGAGUCCUCCUGCUCCAGCAUCACCUCCAUGCAAAGGCGUUACGCGCUGGUCAACGAGAGACAGCCGCGAUCACCUAUUUGAGUCUGUUCUUUGUUUCUUUUAAUGCGUUUUAAUAGUCGGGGCUCUUUAGGGUUGUAUUUAGCUCCCCCCUGGAAGAUACUAUCCGGUCGCGCUUGAGUUUUUCGGCUCCAGCUUGGCAAGCAUCCUUUAUGCACAGCACGCUGCUCCAGCCCUUAAAGCGAACACAGGCAUCCGUGUCGGAACAGCAUGGCUUCCUGAGCGAGAUGGAAGCGAAGCAGCACUCGAUCAAGAGCCUGAAAAGCUAUCCGGAGGCUGGGGGCCGGAGUCUGGCGGCGGCGGCGGGUGGGGACGGCGGAGGUGGAGGGUAUCGCGUCGGCGGCGCGGAGAUGGAGAUGGAGGCGAAAAUACAGAAAGCGAUCGACUUCAAACUGGAGGGUCACCGAUGCUACAAGGAGAAGAAAUUCCGGGAAGCUAUUGGGAAGUAUCACAGGGCGCUGCUGCAAUUGAAAGGGAUCCAUGUCGUCGACGGGACCACCGGAUCCGAGGUGAACCUCCUGAACCAAGCCGCGGCCAAGCUGACGGAAGAGCAGCGGCGAGCGGUGGAGAGCACCGAGAUCGAAUGCUACGACAGUCUGACAGCGUGCUUGCUGCAGUCGGAGCUGGUGAAUUAUGAGCGGGUUAAGGAGUACUGUUUGAAGGUACUCGGACACCAGCAGGAUCACUUUAAGGCCAUGUACCGUGCUGGGAUUGCCUUCUACCACCUGGGAGACUACGAGUGUGCCCUGCGUUACCUACGCGAUGCCAAGUGCCGUGAACCCACAGACACAAACGUGCUGCGAUACAUCCAGCUGACCGAGAUGAAGAUGAGUAAGACCGGUCAGCAGGUGCGUGAGAGUGGGAAAGAGUCAUUGGGUUAAUUCGGCCCGACCCCCCCUAAAUGCCACACCCUAACCCUGAUAAAAAAA